AUGGAGCGUCUGGAAGCCGCAUCCCGGCACCUGGCACUUGUUGCCACGUGGACGAACAACGCUGCUCACCUGGCCAUGUUGGAGAGUCAAGGAAAUGCCAAUAAUUCACGCAGGAUAGAAGAGCUGGUGGCUCGCUCUUCCCUGAACAUGAUGAAAAUGGGAUCUAGGCGUGCACGACUCCAAAUGGUCAACAUCUUCCUCUUCGAAGACGAGCUCAUCUUUACCAAAGCAGCAAAGAUGAAGCAAGUGAAAGCAGGUGGCAGGUGA